AUGAAGUGCGCUUUAGUGGUUAUUCUGUUACUGGCUUCUGCGCUGGCAGCGGACCCGCGGCGGGCCGGCAGGCUGCACUCCCAGUCGCACCUCAGGAAGCUGCCGCGUGCGCCGCCUUCUCCUCCUGCAGCCAAGAGGAUCCCUGCAUCCACAGAAGACCGUGUCGUGCAAGGUUCGCAGGCCGUGCAGGGGCAGUUCCCGUUCCAAGCGGGCCUUAUGAUCGACGGCUCCGGUUUCUGCGGCGGCUCCCUCAUCUCGACCACCGCCGUCCUCACCGCUGCACACUGCGUCGACGCCGGUUCGUUCUUCACCGUUCUGCUCGGAGGCCUGGAGCCGCGGCCCACGUCUGGGGACAACAGCCAGUCCUUCGCUACCACCGACGCCAUCAAGAACGACGCCUUCUACACUCCGGACGGCAAUGCCGCCUACUACGACGUCGGCGUCAUCUUGUGGUCCGAUCCCAUCACCAUCACCGACUAUGUGAAGCCUAUCAAGCUGCCAUCGAGGUCGCAGGUCAGCGAGACUUUCGCCGGCUCCGACGCCACCGUCACUGGGUGGGGACUCACCAGCAACGAUGCAUGGACUGUUGCUGGAUAUCUUCAAUACGCUGAUGUACAGAUCUGGGAUAACGCAGACUGCCAGGCUAUAUACGGUGAACUUGUCGAUUCCAAUGCGAUCUGUGCAAUGGGCACUAAUGGCCAGCAUACUUGCUAUGGCGACAGCGGUGGCCCGUUGGCGGUGACUGGGUCGGACGGCGAGCCGCUGGUGGUGGGGGUCGUCUCGUGGGGCACGGCCAACGACUGUGAGUCCGGCCAGCCCGACGUCUUCAUGCGCGUCACAGCCUUCCUCGACUGGAUCAGCGAGAAUGCCGGCGUCACCAUCUCGUGAGAUGGGGCGCCAACGACGGAGCUGUCUAGCACGUGCGAGUGACACA